GCCUUCACCAGUAAUAAAUAUAGACUGCUUUACUUCUUUGAGUGUGCUUCUCUGGAUUUAUGUUUUUCUAGAAAAACGACACACACACACUUAUAAUAUAUACAUAUAAACAUACAUGCAUGCAUACAUACAUACAUACAAGUAUGCAUAUACAUACAUAUACACACACGAUGUUGUUGCUAUUCUUGUUUACUAAAAUGAAUAAAAGAAAUUAUCAAUAUUAUUAUUACGAGAUGAUGAUGAUGAUGUUGCCGUUGCCGGUUUAUAAUUUAUUUUUGUUAAAAUCGGAAGAAUGAAAUAAAAGUGCAAAUCGUCUCAGUUUGGAAUCGAAACUUAUUUCAGUUUAAAAAAAAAAAAAAAAAAAUUUGAAAAUGUAUUUAUGCUUUGAUUUAAUUUAUUUUUCAUUAAAUUAUUCAGAGAUGUUAACGAGGAUCAUGAAGGAAAAAAAACAAUAAUAAUAAAUUGAAGAAACAAAGAAUAAAGAAAAAGGAGAUGAAAAACAACAAACAAAAAGCACAAAAUUGAAAUGAAGAAAAUAAGGAAAACAGACAGAAAAAACUGAAAAAAAUGGAAGUCUAAAGACAAAAAUAAAAGAAAAUGAACGAAGAAUAAGCUAUGAUGAUAGUGGUGGUUGUGGGGAUGAUGAUGUUGGUAGCAGUGAUGAUGAUGCUGUUUUAGCCUCAAGUCAUCAUUCUUGAACCAACAGUUUUAUAAUCAAAGGCUUUCUACCGUCACAAACCCCUUGUAUCUUUUUUUUUUUUGUAUAUGAGGGGCUGGUUUACAUUUGUCACCUUCCUUUCAUCCCCUCUGAUUUUUUCUUUUCUUUUUUUUUUUCUUCUCACGCUCGAGAUGAUGGGCAAUGAUUUCGAAGAAAUUUGGCUGCAUUUUUUCGUAGGUUGAACGAGCGAAAUGACUGCACUAGACGCUUAAAUGCGAUGAAGAUAAGUAAAUAAUGGAAGAAGAAGAAGAAGAAGAAGAAGAAGAAGAAGAAGAAGAAGAAGAAGAAGAAGAAGAAGAAGAAGAAGAAGAAGAAGAAGAAGAAGACGGUGGUGGUGACAAUGGUGAUGAUGAUGUAAUAAAGAUGAUAAUGAUGACGACGACGAUGAUGCUGUUAAUGAUGAUGAAGUCAACGCAGCCAGCGAGCUACUUCGAAACGGAAAAGUUUUGUUUAGUUUUUACUGCCGGUCUAAUCGUAAGCUACGAUUCUCACCGUGGUUUGUAUGAUUGGUAACCGAUCUCUACAGAAAAAAAAGAAGAAAAAGCGCUGAUUCAAGACCAAGCCCCAGGUAGUGUUCAGACAUUCGUAAAUCUAUCCUACACGUUUAUUUAUCCAAAG